GCGGGGUUGAAAAAAGUUUUUUUUGCCAUAACAGAUUGUGUAAAUGAUCCCAAUUCUUCAUUGAAUAACAAAAAAAUACCAGUUCUUCAGUUAAAUACCAAAGGUGGCGUUUGAUUGAUGUUAGGGAUGGGAUGAAGGAUAUAGGAUUUCUUGAAUAGGGCGAAGAUCUUGGCUCACGAGUUAAUUUAUAGUUAUAUUUGAGAUGCUGAAAUAAAAUAUUGAAAUAAAGAAUUGAAAUAAAUAUCUCAAUUCUCAUUCAGACUACAAAGAAUUUGUGCCUGCGUUAGUGCGUUUAACCUACAGAUUUCACGAGGCGCCUCCCAUCAGAACAAGAACCGAGAAAAAUAUAAGGGUUACGUUAUUCCCUAUCGGACCUGACGCCGGACCAGUGCCGGACAAGUGCCGGACCAUCAGCUCAGCUGCUCCACAAUCGCUUUAUCUAUUAAUCUUCUGUUCUGAAUCGGAUUUCGGGGUGUUCCUCUGUUGAACUUGGCACUUUUUUUGUAAAAUUACGAUGAUCUACUUUUUGAAUUAAGCUGGUUUAACUGCACAAAAUGGCUCCAGAAUCUGAAUAUUUUGAAAAAACUUGGUCUAAUGUAGAGAAAAUAGUUAAAGGUAUUGUUACACUUGGAAAUGUUCCUCCUACUGCAUGGGAAAGUGGAUGUAGUCAUGUGAAAUUCCUGUGCAAGGCCAAUCCCACUUUAGCUUGGCAAUUAUACGACAAAACUAAAAUGUGUUUAGAGAACCAGGUUAAAUCUCUUCUCAUUCAAGUGAAUGACAAAAGGAAAGAAGAGACUCUCACAGAAUACUACAAGCUUUGGCAGCAAUAUACCCAAAGAAUUACCCGUUUGGACAAACUCUACACACAUUUGAAUACAAAUUACUUAUGGAGACCAAAAAUUACGGAACCAGACUUCCUUUCUCUUUUCGAGAGGGGGGAUUUUGAAGAGGAACCUGAAGAAAGGAAAGAAAUUCUAGAACUAGGUAUAAAUCACGGGCUAAAAACCAAUAAAAAGUAUGGUUUUUCACGUUUUUUCCCGCGGCGCGACCCUUAAAUAUUUUUUACCCCUUGAAAUAAAAAAUACACGGAGUUUUCACAUAUCAAAGAACCCCGAUCCACAAACGCCCUUGUGAACAAAAAAAA